UGUGAGGAAGUGAUGAAGACAGACAGCAGCAGCGUCUGUCAGUGUCUGCAGACGGAGGAGGACGUCUCUCUGACCUCACCUGGACGUGACUUUAACAGGUGAGCAGUCUGACAGAUGAGAGGCUGAGUUCAGCAGCAUGGAUCAGUGUGAGGUCAGAGGAACCACUCUGUGUGGGGAACAGGACAGCCAGACCAAAGCUCAGAGGAACAAAAAGAUGGAGACGCCUAAAAAAGUCGUCCUGGGAAUUUUAGAAGACUUGGGAGCUGAGGACUUUGGAACAUUUAAGUGGCACCUGCAGGGAGCACUUGAAGACUUCCCAGAAAUCCCAAAGAGUAAACUGGAGAAUGUAAACAGGGAGAACACAGUGGAUACGAUGUUCCAGACCUACUGUAUAAACACUAUUAAUGUGACCAGAAUAGUUUUAAUGAAUAUCAAUCGAAAUGAUCUAGUGGAGAAGUUAACAUGUCAUGGAGAAGUCAACAUACCAGAACCUGCAGAAAUUCUUGCUGCGUGCCAGCACAAAGUCAAAUCCAACUUACAUAAGAUGUUCCAGCAUGUGUUUGAAGGAAUUGCUAAAGCAGGAAACAAAACCCCUCUGAGUAAGAUGUUCACAGAGAUCUACAUCACAAAUGGAGGGACUGCAGGGGUCAAUACUGAACAUGAGAUCAGACAGAUUGAAACAGCAUCCUGGAAACCAGAAAGACCAGAAACAACAAUCACAUGUGAAGACAUAUUUAAAACCCCACCUGGAAAAGAUGAACCAAUCAGAACCGUGAUGACAAAGGGAGUGGCUGGCAUCGGGAAAACAGUCUUAACACAGAAGUUCACUCUGGACUGGGCUGAAGACAAAGCCAACCAGGACAUCCAGUUCACAUUUCCAUUCACCUUCAGAGAGCUGAAUGUGUUGAAAGAGAGAAAGUUCAGCUUGGUGGAACUUGUUCAUUACUUCUUUAGUGAAACCAAAGAAGCAGGAAUCUGCAGGUUUGAAGAUUUCCCGGUUGUGUUCAUCUUUGACGGUCUGGAUGAGUGUCGACUUCCUCUGGACUUCCUCAACACUCAGAUCCUGACUGAUGUUACAGAGUCCACCUCAGUUGAUGUGCUGCUGACAAACCUCAUCAGGGGGAAACUGCUUCCCUCUGCUCGCCUCUGGAUAACCACACGACCUGCAGCAGCCAAUCAGAUCCCUCCUGAGUGUGUUGACAUGGUGACAGAGGUCAGAGGGUUUACUGACCCACAGAAGGAGGACUACUUCAGGAAGAGAUUCAGAGAUGAGGAGCAGGCCAGCAGAAUCAUCUCCCACAUCAAGACAUCACAAAGCCUCCACAUAAUGUGCCACAUCCCAGUCUUCUGCUGGAUCACUGCUGCAGUUCUAGAAAAGGUGUUGAAGACCAGAGAGGGAGGAGAACUGCCCAAAACUCUGACUGAGAUGUACAUCCACUUCCUGGUGGUUCAGUCAAAACGGAAAAAAGUCAAGUAUGAUGGAGGAGCUGAGACAGAUUCACACUGGAGUCCAGAGAGCAGGGAGGUGAUUGAGUCUCUGGGAAAACUGGCUUUUGAGCAGCUGCAGAAAGGCAACCUGAUCUUCUAUGAAUCAGACCUGACAGAGUGUGGCAUCGAUAUCACAGCAGCCUCAGUGUACUCAGGAGUGUUCACACAGAUUUUUAAAGAGGAGAGUGCACUGUACCAGGACAAGGUGUUCUGCUUCAUCCAUCUGAGUGUUCAGGAGUUUCUGGCUGCUCUUCAUGUCCAUCUGACAUUCACCAACUAUGGAGUCAACCUGCUGUCGGGAAAACAAACAACAUCAUGGCUGCCAAAAGUCUUCAGAGAAAAACUAAAACAUCUCCACCAGAGUGCUGUGGACAAGGCCUUACGGAGUCCAAAUGGACACCUGGACUUGUUCCUCCGCUUCCUCCUCGGUCUUUCUCUUCAGACGAAUCAGAAUCUCCUGCGAGGUCUGAUGACACAGACAGGAAGUAGCUCACACACCAAUCAGGAAACGGUCGAGUACAUCAAGAAGAAGAUCAACAAGGAUCUGUCUGCUGAGAGAAGCAUCAAUCUGUUCCACUGUCUGAAUGAACUGAAUGAUCAUUCUCUAGUGGAGCAGAUCCACCAGUACCUGAGUUCAGGAUGUCUCUCCACAGAUAAACUGUCUCCUGCUCAGUGGUCAGCUCUGGUCUUCAUCUUACUCUCAUCAGAAGAAGAUCUAGACGUGUUUGACCUGAAGAAAUACUCUGCUUCAGAUGAGGCUUUUCUGAGGAUGCUGCCAGUGGUCAAAGCCUCCAACAAAGCUCUGUUGAGUGGCUGUAACCUGUCAAAGAAAACCUGUGAAGAUCUGUCCUCAGUUCUCAGCUCUGAGUCCUCUAGUCUGAGAGAGCUGGACCUGAGUAACAACAACCUGCAGGAUUCAGGAGGGACGCUGCUGUCGGCUGGACUUCAGAGUCCACACUGCAGACUGGAGACUCUCAGGCUGAGUGGCUGUAAUCUGUCAGAGAUCAGCUGUGAAGUUCUGUCCUUAGUUAUCAGCUCCCAGUCCUCUAGUCUGAGAGAGCUGGACCUGAGUAACAACAACCUGCAGGAUUCAGGAGGGAAGCUGCUGUCAGCUGGACAUCAGAGUCAUUACUGUAAACUGGAGACUCUCAGGCUGAGUGGUUGUAACCUUUUAGAGAGAAGCUGUGAAGUUCUGUCCUCAGUUCUCAGCUCCCAGGCCUCUAGUCUGAGAGAGCUGGACCUGAGUAACAACAACCUGAAGGAUUCAGGAGGGAAGCUGCUGUUGGCUGGACUUCAGAGUCCACACUGUAACCUGAAGACUCUCAGACUGAGUGGCUGUGAUCUGUCAGAGAGAAGCUGUGAAGCUCUGUCCGCAGUUCUCAGCUCCCAGUCCUCUAGUCUGAGAGAGCUGGACCUGAGUAACAACAACCUGCAGGAUUCAGGAGGGAAGCUGCUGUCGGCUGGACUUCAGAGUCCACACUGUAGAAUGGAGACACUCAGUCUGUCAGGCUGUCUGAUCUCAGUGGAAGGCUGUUCUUCUCUGGUCUCAGCGCUGAGCUCCAACCCCUCCCACCUGAGAGCGCUGGACCUGAGCUACAAUCAUCCAGGAGACUCAGGAGUGAAGCUGCUGUUGGCUGGACUUAAGGAUCCACUCUGGGGACUGGAAACUCUCAGGGUGGAGCCUGCUGGAGUCAGAUGGUUGACACUAGGUCUGAGGAAGUAUUCCUGUCAACUCACACUGGACACAAACACAGUGAGCAGAGACCUCAAACUGUCUGACAACAACAGGAAGGUGACAUUAGUAAAGGAGUUUCAUUCAUAUCCUGAUCAUCCAGAGAGGUUUGACUGGUCUCAGCUGCUGUGUAGAGAUGGUCUGACUGGUCGCUGUUACUGGGAGGUUGAGAGGAGAGGAGAGGUUUCUAUAUCAGUGAGUUACAGAGGAAUCAGCAGGAGAGGAGACAGACAUGACUGUUUGUUUGGAUUUAAUGAUCAGUCCUGGAGUCUGAUCUGCUUAGAUGAUGGUUACUCUGUCUGUCACAAUAACAGAGUAACAGGCCUCCCUCUCUCCUCCUCCUCUGUCUCUGGUAGAGUAGCAGUGUAUGUGGACUGUCCUGCUGGCUUUCUGUCCUUCUACACAGUCUCCUCUGACUCACUGAUCCACAUCUACACCUUCAACACCGCAUUCACCCAGCCUCUUUAUCCUGGGUUUGGGUUCUCAUCCAUGUCAUAUGGUGGCUCAGUGUCUCUGUGUCCUGUGGAGGACGGGGAGUCUCCUCCUGUCAGAGAACCAGACAGUUGAGCUAUAGUUCCUUUACACAUUCAGAUUAUUAAAACUAAAUACAAUCAGAUAAUAAAUGAUGAUGUAUUAUUACAGAUUACUAGCUGCAAAGUCAUUAGUCAUUAGAAACCAGUAACAUACUGAUUAUUCUGCAGAAUCACCAAUUUUACUUGUGGUACUCUAAGUAUUUUUAUGCUGAUACUUUUGUACUUUUACUUAUUUCUACACUGUGGUAUCAGUACUUUAACUUGAGUACUUUGUGGUAUAUUUUAUAUUCUUAUUUUUUAUUUUGAUAUAAUAUUUUUAUUUUGUUAUUAUAAUUCUAAGAGUCAGUCAGUUUUGUCAUUAGUAAACCUUCAUACAGAUCUGUUCCACUCAUCUCCACGUUUGUUUUCUCCCCUGAGUGAUUUUGAUUGGCUGGCCACAUUUGAACCAAAUUUAUUGAAUAUAAAGUUAUAAACAAUGAUUGAGCACAGGGGAAUGUUCAUCUCUAAAAGACAGACAGACACAGAGAUGGUGUAACAUCAACUUCAUUCGACAAGGACACUAGCCUUGGUCCAAUGGUGAAUGAAUUUAUUGACUGGUGUGAACGCUCAUUCCUAAACAUUAAUGUCUUGAAAACUAAAUAAAUGAUUAUUGAUUUCAGGAAGAAGCCUCUGCCAAGUUCAAUGAGCAUCGACUAAACAGCAUUGUUAAGAGGGAUUCACUUUGUAGAAUUUCCCUUUUAUACAGAGUUAGUGUCACAAGGAAGGCCUUGUCUUGUGAAUUCAGACUGCUGCCAUCUGGUCUCAGGUACCUAGUACCCAGGUGUAACACCAAGAGAUGGAAGAGCUCAUUUGUACCUGUUGGCAUUGGCCUCAUUAAUACCUUGAUAUAAUUAGUCCGUAUGGAAUAUGAAUGUAAGUUAUGUUGUGUAUGGAAUGCUGUCUUCUGUUCUCUGCUGUCUGUAGAAAGAAUUGCCCCAUUUGGGGAUAAUAAAGUUUACUUGAUCUUGA